CAUCGGGCAAUGCCUUUAAGAACAGCACCACAUGACAAAGUGUCCAAUUUUCUUAACGGCGAGAUUUCUUUCUGUGGAGCGGAACUGAAGAUAUGAAAAGGAUCUCUUUGCUUCAAUGUGUGUGACAGAGGAGUCUGGUGUUUUCCAUUGUCAAACACGUACCAGAUGACCGUCCUUGUGUCAACCCUGAUUCAGAGCAAAGCUAAGGUAGGUGAGAACCUUUCUUUAAUCACCGCCGCUCAAACAAUACAGACAAUGCAGGGAAAAGAUUAGCGCAUGCUUUUGUAAGUCAGUGUAGGAUUAAGUCAUUUUCUGACCUACAUAUAGACAUUAUUGGCAGCAUGGAGAGAGCAAAUCAUGUGACAGGUGACAUUUGUAUCAUGUGCUUGCAUUUACAAUCACAUUAAUACUUUUAUUAGAUUACAUUAAUUUGAUUAUCAUCAAUCAUGGGGGUUCCCAAUAGCAGUCGGAGGCUGGCUUGAUAGUCUUUGAGCUCACACAUAGCAUCUCAUUGUUUUAAUCUUUUUUAUCUUCUAUGUUUUAAAUGCCAUUUUUACCAGAUUAUUGUUUUUAAUCUGCUUUGAUUGCUAAAACCAAGAUGGAACACGUUUCUUUUCUUUCUUUACCUUCGGAUCUCAAUUCCAUGCAGAUUUUUGGCAAACUACUUUUUAAUGUAAAAAAUAAAUAAAUACAUAUAUAUAUGAAAUGUUAUGUUUCUUAAAUCAAAAAGCUUAACAAGAGUUAAAGGUUGCAGCUCAGCAUUGUAUUAGGAACAGACAAACUGAAUAUGAAAGGAAUACUUCUGGUCUCUGGCGGCUUUUAAAGAAUUCAGAUGUUGAUCAGGCAACGAAUAAAUCCUGUUUUAUUGCUUUUUGUUUGAUUCGAUGCCGUCUGUCUCGACUGUUUGUUGCAGAGGCUGCAGCGAACUCACAGGUUGAGUGAGUCAAUGGGUUGUUUUUGAAAAAAAGAAUACCUUCCAGUGCAGUCAUUUUGCCUGCAAUUGGAGGAACAUGUGCUCAUCACCAUGUUUCAAUCUUCAAUAGAAGGAUUAAGUCCAUCUGGACCCCAUUUUUCUGUUACAACUGCCAAAAGGUGCUUGGUAGCAGGCAUCAUCAGGAAGAGUCUCAAAGGGUAUGCCUCCGUGGUAGAGGGCACUGUUUGACCGUAACUGUGAUUUAUCUAUGUUCCUCUGAGGUCACUCAAUCAUCAGUCACUGGUAGCGCUGCGUACUGCAGGAAAUCCAAGAAGUCAAGAAGCAUAUUGUAGCACACAAAUAUUGGUCAGGGGUGGAAAUAAAUAGUUGUAACUGAAACAGAGCUGCUCAUCUUGAUUACUUUGGACGGAAAGGCAGAAACUGCUCGUAUACAUACUGUUUAACUAUUCUGGCACAAUCAGGAGGACAUUCCAUUUAAGUUUACAUUGAACUUGGUUUGCCUCGUAAAAAUAAGAAAAGGCUUUUUACGAAGACAAGAUGAUAACAAUUAGAGAGGGAAAAGUGAAUCACAGUGAGAGAAACUACCAUGUGGAGCACAUUCAUAUUGAAAUGGUUAAGUUCAGGAUGCCUGGUAAAGUUGGUGGUUGAGAGCAUUCCUCAUUUUUCUGUUUUAGCAUGCAAAAUCUACUUGAGUAUGCUUGUCAAGGAAGAGUAUAUGUGAAUGAUUGCACUUUGCGGCUGAGUAAAUAACCAUGCGUGUGUCAGAUGUAAAGAUAAUGAGUGGUGGACAUGAAGGUAAUGUGUGGUUGUGUUAGUUGCAGGUAAAGUGUCUGUGUGUACUUAUGUUCCUGAGCUUCCCCCUGACUAUGGCUGAGGUACCUGGUCCAUGCAGACACUCCAUCACAAGGGAGCACCUGCUGACAGUCAGGCAUCUGAUGGACAACCAGUUGCGGAGCGGGUGCACGAUAACCUACACAUUCAUAGAACGGAGAAGUUUGGUAAGAGCAAGUGUUGCUUCGUGAAAGCUGCUUUACCCUGGAUCCUGGAGCUCCUCACCACCCACUUCAAAUACAGUCGGGGUUCAGUCAAUGACGGCUACGUCCAGUCCCUGAGAGCGCUCAUCCUCAACAUCUACUCUCAGAAAUGCGUGCCUCAGAUAAAUGAAGAGGUCGAGGAUAAGCCAGAGAGUUUUGAGAUACUCUACAGAGGGUCCACCUCAGAGGCGCUGCAGAGGGCCUCGGAGGUGCUGUCUGUUUACUGGGAGCUGGUGAAGAUGAGCGAUGCGCCGGUCGACUGGAGAUGCCAGCAGGAAUACACAGAAAUCUUUGGCUCCACCACAGAGUAUUACACAGAGUCACCCACUCAACACUUUACAGGCAGUUAUGGUAGGAGCUCGGCGAAGGCCUCGCAGAGAAGACCGGUCAGAGACCUGUACAUCCUCGGCUUCAUCCUGGUCUCCAUCUGUGGAGGACUGCUACUGACACUCACUCUCUACUGUCUCAUCACACAAAAGAUAACUCACAACCCUCACAGAUCAAGAUCAUAUACGAACUCAAGAGACCAACAGGAUAUAGAGAUGGAGCCACAAUAAUUAAUUCUGUCGCUCCGCGGGCCGCAGAGAGCACAUCGCCACAGCAGCAGACGGAGCCCUCGACAAGCUGCACAUUCUUUCCAUCGUGAACAAGUUUUCAUAUCUGUGUUGUUUUUUUGUAAUGUACCACGCUCACUGUUUUAAUCAGAAGCUUUGACUGAGAGCAAAGAUGGGCCUCAUUCUGAAUAAUAUGGUAUGUAUAUGAUGUUUGUGCGUUAUGUAUUGCAGAUAUCUUUUCCACUAAAAAAAAGUGUUAUAUUUUUACACUAGUUAUGUAUGUUGAACCGUGUGUGUCCAUUUGCUACCACUUAACCAACUGUUUGUUAUGUUGUUUGCCAAACAUUUCCACAAGUUAUUUAUUAGUUUGACUCUAUUCAACCACUGUAUUGAUAAUAAAGCUUCCAUCGAUAUCAAAUCCAAAAUAUAAAUCUCUCUCCAGCUUUCCAGCUACCGGUACAUUCAUAUACGAGCACAAUGAGGUUACAUCUAAAGAGCAGAUCCGACCUCGUUAAAGGAAUUGGGCUCCCUAAUUGCCCACAUCCUGUUUGACUUAACACUUUAUGAGUCAAAACUCUUUCAAAAUGUCUUUUCCUGCUGUCUCCAUGCGGUCUUCAUGCGCCAACUUCUGAAAGUUAUGACCAAUAACAACAAAACAGUAUUGUUUCAGAACAUGAACUCUGGAGAAUAUUGUGUUGAUGCUAAAACACUCGGAGCUGUUUUUACAGAGAUUCUACACCGAUACAUACACACCGGUCGAAGGAUGUGUCGUAACUGCACAGGGCGUCGCAACAAGAGCUGGUGGGAAUAACGCAGUAAGACCUACUCGUAUGCAUGCUGCACAUACCUCAUGGUCGUGGCAAAUAACAGGAUAAUACCGUUAUUUAUUGUUAGAAUAACAAAUUGCACAAAGAACUUG